AUGACGUCUCAGCAGACCUUCUCUGCAGAUGACUUCAAUGUCUACUAUGUCCUCAUGGUGGGUAUAGAUCAUCAGGAUCCCACUCUCCUUAAAGACAUUGAUGAGAGCCAGCCCCAUCUGCAAGGUGUGACGGGCCUGCGAAACCUGGGCAACACGUGCUACAUGAACGCCAUCCUCCAGAGUCUCUGCAGCAUCUCCCCGCUGGUAGAGUACUUUCUCUCCGGAAGGUACAUCAAUGCUCUUCAAAAGAGUGGUGGUGAGGUGGCCACUGCGUUCGCCUACCUGAUGACAGACAUGUGGCUUGGAGACUCAGACUGUGUCUCGCCAGAAAUAUUCCGGUCCGCUCUGGGAAACCUCUACCCAGCAUUUAUGAAAAACACCCAGCAGGAUGCUCAGGAAUUCCUGAUUUAUGUCCUGAGUGAACUUCAUGAAGCUCUGAAAAAGUUUUACCAAAGAAGAUCCCGUGAGAAAGGGUCUCCUCAAAGAUGUUGCAGGAAGGUGGCAACUACUGAGUCCUCCAUCAUCACCCGGCUGUUCGAGGGUCAGCUCAGUUAUGGAAUCGUCUGUUUAAAGUGUGAGAACUGCACGUACAAGAAUGAAGUCUUCACUGUCCUGUCCCUCCCCGUCCCAUCGCAGUGUGAGUGCUCUCUUCAGGACUGCCUGCAGUGCUUUUUUCAACAAGAUACGCUGAGCUGGAAAAACCAAAUUCAUUGCUCCUUUUGUGAAACCAAGCAAGAAUCCACUUCGAAAGCCAGAAUUUCCAAGGCGCCAAAAGUUAUUAUUUUUCAUUUAAAAAGGUUUGACACUCAAGGCUGGAUGAAAAGAAAAUUGAGAACAGAUAUUCAUUAUCCACUCACCAAUCUGGACCUCACUCCUUAUAUUUGUCCACUUUCCCGGAAACAUUCUAAAUACAAUCUCUGUGCAGUGGUGAACCACUUUGGUGACCUGGAUGGUGGCCACUACACUGCUUUCUGCAAGAAUUCCACUACCCAGGCCUGGUACAGCUUUGAUGACACCAGAGUCUGUGAGAUUCCAAGUACUUUAGUUCAAACUGCUACAGCGUAUCUUCUAUUCUACAGCUGUCAGCAUUUUUCUGUACCCACUCAAAAACUCAAGAGCUAG